AGCUGAGAUUGCACCCCUGCAUUCCAGCUUGGGUGACAGAGUAAGACUCUGUCUCAAAAAACAAAACGAAACAAAACGGAAGGUUCUGAGUUGGGAGUACAGAGCAGAGGAGGGCAGGCAGCUGGAGAGGGAGGCUGGCCAGCAUGGAGGCCUCCCUCCGGCUCCAUUUAAGAUUUUGGGUUUUUCCUACCACUCUUAGGAAAAACUCAAAAUCCUAAACAGAGGCACUGAGCAGAGUGUGGAGAGUGGAUGUGAGGGGAGCGAAGGGCAGGAGGAGCCCUGUCAGUGCAGAAGCAAAAGGGGAGGUGGUGGGGCCAGAAUGGGGGUGACUAUGGAGAGGAACCCCUGGGUUUCUGGGCAGGUGGGUUGGGGGGUAUCUGGAGUUCAGUGUGGAUGCAUUCAGUGUGAAUCUUGGUGAAGACAUCCAAGCAAUGUUUGAAGAAGGCAGCUGGACGUGUGGGUUUGGGCUCAGAUGGCAGGUCCAACCUGCGGAGGUGAGAAGACAAAUGAGGCCCGGUGUCCUGAGAGUGGGCAAGCCGGCCGGGCUGAGGGUCACUGGAGAGAAGGGCCACCUCUGCAGCUCGGCUUCCAGGCCGCCAUCUCCUCCAUGUUCCCUUCUUUCUGGGCCAGCUCUUCAGGUCCUGAACACCCCCAGGGUCCUCACACUCCAUAGACAGCCAUGCUGCUGUUUCCUCUCCCUUCCUCCCAGAUCCGACAAACACCCUUUAUCCUUCAAGAGCUAUGGAAGUGACUCCCCUUGGGGACGGCUUCCCAGCCUUUCCACCUCUUCGUGCUACCAUGGUGCCCGAAAUCUUGCCUCUCCCCAGCACACUGCAUGCUUUGGCCAUGUUUAGAUCAUGCUCAUUUUCCUGAAGAGAUGUGUCCAGUCUCAGCUAGCUGCCUUCAUGUUCCCUUCAUCUGUCUGCUGGAUCAGAUCUGCAUUUCUUUUGACGAAGGCAAGACCACAAUGAACUUCAUUGAGGCAGCGUUGUUGAUCCAGGGCUCUGCCUGCGUCUACAGUAAGAAGGUGGAAUACCUCUACUCACUCGUCUACCAGGCCCUUGAUUUCAUCUCUGGAAAGAGGCGGGCCAAGCAGCUCUCUUCGGUGCAGGAGGACAGGGCCAAUGGGGAUGCCAGCUCUGGGGCCCCCCAGGAGGCAGAGAAUGAGUUCCUGUCGCUGGAUGACUUCCCUGACUCCCGGACUAACGUGGAUCUCAAGAACGAUCAGGCGCCCGGCGAGGUCCUCAUCAUCCCCCUCCUGCCCAUGGCCCUGGUGGCCCCUGAUGAAGUGGAGAAGAACAACAAUCCCCUGUACAGCCGUCAGGGUGAGGUCCUGGCCAGCCGGAAGGAUUUCAGGAUGAACACGUGCGUUCCCCACCCCAGAGGGGCUUUCAUGUUGGAGCCAGAGGGCAUGUCCCCCGUGGAGCCAGCAGGCGCUUCCAUGCCAAGGACCCAGAAGGAUGCCGGGAGGACUGAGGAGCAACCAAUGGAAGUUUCCGUGUGCAGGAGCCCUGUCCCAGCACCUGGCAUCUCCCAGGACCCAGGCCCCUCUCCAGAAGGCCCGACGCCCCUGGGCGGGGGUGAGGACGAGGAUGCAGAGGAGGCAGUAGACCUUCCUGAGGCCUCGGCCCCCAAGGCCACUCUGGAGCCCGAGGAGCCCAGGAGCCCGCAGCAGAGUGCUGCCCUGCCCAGGAGGUACAUGCUGCGGGAGCGAGAGGGGGCCCCAGAGCCUGCAUCCUGCGUGAAGGAGACUCCAGAGCCCUGGCAGAGCCUGGACCCCUUUGACUCCCUGGAGUCUAAGCCCUUCAAGAAAGGUAGGCCUUACUCUGUGCCCCACUGUGUGGAGGAGGCUCCGGGACAGAAGCGCAAGAGGAAGGGUGCUGCCAAGCUGCAGGACUUCCACCAGUGGUACCUGGCUGCCUAUGCUGACCAUGCUGACAGCCGGAGGCCUCGGCGAAAGGGUCCGUCCUUUGCAGACAUGGAGGUCCUGUACUGGACACACGUGAAGGAGCAGUUGGAAACUCUCCGGAAGCUGCAGAGGAGGGAGGUGGCUGAGCAGUGGCUGCCGAGGGCCGAGGAGGGGCUGUGGUCUGCAGAGGAGGACCACCUGGAGGAUUCUCUGGAAGACCUGGGGGCAGCAGCAGAUGACUUUCUAGAACCUGAGGAGUAUGUGGAGCCUGAGGGAGCAGACCCCAGGGAAGCUGCUGACCUUGACACAGUGCCGGUGUCCCUGAGCUACGAGGAGCUGGUUCGAAGGAAUGUGGAGCUCUUCAUCGCCACCUCCCAGAAGUUUGUCCAGGAGACAGAGCUGAGCCAGCGCAUCAGGGACUGGGAGGACACAGUGCAGCCUCUGCUCCAGGAGCAGGAGCAGCAUGUACCCUUUGACAUCCACACCUAUGGGGACCAGGUGGUCUCGCGGUUCCCCCAGCUCAAUGAGUGGUGUCCCUUUGCGGAGCUGGUGGCUGGCCAGCCGGCCUUCGAGGUGUGUCGUUCCAUGCUGGCCUCCCUGCAGCUGGCCAAUGACUACACAGUGGAGAUCACCCAGCAGCCUGGGCUGGAGACGGCCGUGGACACCAUGUCCCUGAGACUGCUCACACACCAGCGAGCCCACAAGCGCUUCCAGACCUACACUGCCCCCUCCAUGGCCCAGCCCUGAGUGGGGAGCAUCAAGGCAGGGGUGGGGGAUGUGUACUGAGGAGCCGUGCAUCUGCUCCUGCCUGGCCCGGCCUAAUAAAGCAGUGUUGUCAUCUCA